AUGUCGUCGUCAUCGACAUCUGAGGCUAAUCCCCCAGCAUCUUCUUCAUCUUUAACUUCAACAGAUUCUCCUCCAUCUCCUUCUUCAACAUCACCUCCAUCAGAACCAACACCGCCUCCGCCCACUCCUCCCGCAUCAACGCCUCCUCCGCCCUCUCCGUCAUCAUCACUCCCGCCCCCAGCAGGCACCCCUCCCCCUACCACCCUUCCCGCAACAUCCAAUUCCCCUCCCCCUUCGCCUCCCGCAACAACAAACUCCGAAUCUCCUCAGCCGCCAGCUUUCACCGCCACUCCUCCCACCCAAACGCCCCCAUCUCCGACAUCCCCCUUGGCUGCCUCGCAAAAUCCUCCCACACAAGUAGCUAAUUCAUCUCCAUUGCCUGCUAUUCCUCCACCCCAACCAAUACCUGUUUCUCCAGAACUUCCUACCUUGCCUUUUAAUUUCUCUCAUAACCCUCCACUCCCAGCCUCCGUUGGCUCACCCCCGACUCCUCCACCGCCUCAAAAUUCUCAGAAUGUGAACGGAUUUAUCAUCGCCAGAGUUGGCGCGGGAGGUACAGUGAUUAUCGCACUUCUCUUGGUCAUCUUCUGCCUCGCUUGUAAUCGAACCAUUGCAAUGGCAUGGUCAGCAACCUAUUAA